UUCCUUGAUCUGAUCAAUGGCCAUGAGUACCAUUCACAGAGAAUUGCUGCAAUCACAGCAUUGUAAGAUGAAGAAAGAUGAAGCCUCCCCAUGAUGAGGAUUUACACAUCCUGGACAGGGAGGAACGCUGGUAUGAGCAGGGAGUCAAGAAGGCCAUUUACAUAAAUCUCUGAGUCGAGGAGGGGGCCUAAGGGUACAUUUUUGUUGAUUAGAGAAUAUUAACUCAAAUAGGACUAGAGCGUUAAGUCUAGUGAUUUAACUUUGGUUACUCACAUCUUGAGACUGUUGCAGAAACCCAGAGUACCCAGAGAGCAAAUAAGUCAAUGGAUAAGAUAAGUCAAAGCUAAUGUCGAUCACAGAGGACAUAAAUGAAAAGGCUGUUAUUCUCGGGAGGAUAUGACAAACUAAUCCUCUGCUUGCUGUUGACACUGUUUCCGUGAAUCGCUCAACAGCGACAUCUGCUCGGUUUAAAAAGUAAUUGCAGGAAACCUGGAGACAGACUGAAGUUCGUUCACUUUGACAUGUGGACAGCAAACGAGUGAUGAGUAGUCCUGUUUAGUUAGCCAAGUGACGAUAGAGUUCUAACUGGACAAAAUAGAAUAACACGGAGCAGAACAAAAAUAAUAGGAAUGACUAAUACGUGCUUGUAAAAGUGGGAGUUCAUGUGUAUCUGUGUGUGAGGGGAGAAGACAGGCUUUACGGUUCAUUAUUAAUAAGAAAGAAGACGAAGUUUGUGUCGCAUUUUGCGGCCAAGGUGACAUCCUACAGAUAUCGCUGGAAUUCAUUCAUGACGAGUGAAACCCGUAAACACACAAACGGCACUGUUAACGCUCCUAUCGUCCUCCUAGCUUCAGUCACGUGGGUUUUUCUUAAAGCCAUACACGCACCGGUGCGAGGCGUGUGUUUGACACAUGCACCGAUGCUUCGGUAUUGUUUGAUCCGUCACUGUCGAGUCGAGGCGAGUCGCGCCGAGCCGAAUGAAAGACAUUAAAUGUGUGGUGGUGGGUGACUAUGAAGCAGGAAAGACCUGCCUGCUCAAUUCCUACACAACUGACAAGCUUCCCAUUGGAGAUUUCCCCACGCUGGUGCCAGCAGCAGCAGCAGCCUCCUGUGACUGUGAGUCGUUUGCUACCUGUGUGAAGACAGUGAAGAUCAAUGACGAGGAGUACAAUCUGCAACUGUGUGACUCUUCAGGUCAGGAGAACUACGAAAACAUACGACUUAACACGUACACUGACACCGACGUCUUCCUUGUCUGUUUCUCUGUCGUAUCGCCCUCAACCUUUGAGAACGUCACAGACAAGUGGGUGCCAGAGAUUUUACGCUUCUCUCCAAAGACGCCAUUCCUGCUGGUUGGGACUCAGGUGGAUCUGAGAGAUAACGAGAACACCCUGGAACAAGCCCUGACCUUUACGAGUGGCGAGGAACUGGCUCAUGAGCUGAAGGCCGUUAAAUACAUGGAGUGUUCGGCUCGGACUCAGGAAGGAGUGAGGGAGGUGUUUGAAGAGGCCAUCCUGGCAACUCGAAAUCCUACAGAUAAAAAAUCCACUUACUUCUGUGUUCUGCUAUAAACGGAAAAGGAGAAGGAGAAGAGGAAAAGAGGGUUUAGGAGGAAGAAGGGGAGGUGGACCCGGAAUCAUUAGCCCAUAUGAGUGUUCAGCCAUAAUGGCAUAGGCUGGAGUCUGUGAAUCGACAUCAUAAUUUAUUAAUUAAUUUUAAAUUUAAAAUGUUUUACAUUUUAAAAUAGAUGUGUGGGGGGUUAAGUUAGGAAGAGAAUUACACAGUUUUACAGCAGUAAUCUUUUGCCUGCUAUGGACCGUUUUCCCUCCUCCAUUUGGGAUGGAGGCUGCACAGCAUCCUGGUGAGGCCGAAGAAUUGCUGCUUUUCUGGAUACUGUGACAAUGUUAAACUGUGCUAAACCUCCACAUCUCUAAAAUGAUUUAAUAGGUAAUAUAUUUAUUUACUUGUUUAUUUCAUAUAUAAAUGAUUAUAUUUUUAGUUGGCUGUUUACUAUUUUUGAUUGUUAGUCAGAGAACUGAGUAACUGCAGUGUCGUGUUUUCUUUGUGGUGAAUGACAAUAAAGAAUCCUUGAAUCCUUUAAA